AUGAGGCAGAGGCAGAGGCGACAUGGUAGCCAAAAGAGCAGCGCCCUUAGCUCUCUGCUUGGCAUGCGUCAUAGUCAUCAGCAAGUGAAAUUCUACGUGUGCAUCGUAUUGGCGCUCAUUGGUUUUGCGGCUGGCGCACAGUUGCCCGACUCUGCCACACAGGGCCCCAAUCCUCAGGACAUAGCGACACCCGAACCGGAAUACAUUGACAUCGAUGUGCCAGAGCCCGCACCCGCCGCACCUCGUCCCGUGGCACGUGCACCGCUACCACUGGCCCGUCCAGUUGCCCGCCCCGUCGCCCGUCCCGUGCUGGCCCAGCCACAGCCACAGCUCCUGCAGCGCGUGCAGUACCAGCAGCCUCAGUACCAGCAGCCUCAGUACCAGCAGCAACUGCCAGGACACUCGUUCAGCAGCCAGGGUGGCUACCAGUACAGACGCCCAGUCUAUGUAAGGCGCUUCUAUCGUCUGCGUCGCUAUUGA